UUAAUAAUUAAUAUAGAUCAGAUCAAAACAUUUCAUAUCAGAAAGAAUUAAAGGCUAAAUAUAAAAAUAAAACUUUUCAUUUAUUUAGUGACAAAAACCCUACCUAUAUAUAUGAACCAAUCUUAACUAUAUAUGUUGUUCCCAUAAUGGAUAGCGAGCCCUUCAAUAUUACUCCAGCUUAUUGCUGCUUUUCGUACAUUGCUACUACCGGUUUCUUCAUCUAUUUAAAGCUCAUCUUAAUACAUCUUUCCAACAACAAAGAAAAAUGUUACAUAGAGCUUUUUGCCAAUUCUGUCUCCGUCACAAACGUAGACAUAAAGGCAAACAUUUCCGCGGCCGAUUGGAGGAUCGGUUUCGCUGCGAAUAGUCCAGUCACCGGCUGUAAAAUCUCUAUACUUACACUCAGUUCUCGUUUACUCCGAGGUGAACAAGUUAUCUCCAACUCCUCAUCUUGGGAAAAUCUCGGAGAAUUUGUUCCCCGAGACAAAACAAAUAUUGUUUUUGAGAAAGUGGUAAUGCCGAAACUUAUUGGUGACAUGAUUUGGAAUUUACGGGUCAAGAUUAUGUAUGCAGUGAAAACAGAUGCUAGAUAUAUAAAUGGUUUGUUGAUGGCGGAUUGUCCCGAUAUUCCGGUGAAAUUCACAACCGAUGCGGCCGGAAAGGUGAUGGGAACGUUGCUUGGAAAUGUGAGACGAUGCGAGUAUAAAUUCCAGCAUGACUUGGAUUAUUCCGUUUUAAAUUCUUAUUAAGUUUCUUCGAUCUUGAAUAUAUGAUCUCUAUUUAAGAGAAAUGAUGGCUUAAGGUUAUUUAUUUUUGUUUUAUCUUUGUUCUACUUUGAUAAAAUAAGAUGGGAUAUUAAGCACAUUUGUUAUAAGUAAUAAUAUAAUUAUAAACCAUGUGG